CAGCCCGCCGCCGCGUUACACAACCGGCCGCCGCAAGAGGCGAGUUCCACAAGUCCCGCCGCGGCUCGCCGGCAGCCCGCGCCCACCUUGCGCCCACCCACACGCACACCGACACCUCCCCACCUCCCCCCCCCCCGCCGCGCCCGCGCUGCCCCCUGCCCGUGCUCAUGCCAUGUCUCCUCCGGGCAGCGGGACCCCGGGGCGGGCGGUAACCCCUGGCGCCGGGGGGGCACCGCGCCGGGGCUGGGCAUGGCACUGAGAGCGGCUCCGGGACACGCAUCCUCCUAGACGGAGGAAGACAGAGCAAGACCUUGGAGCUCUAACUUGGGAGGACUGUUACACACACAAGCGCGCACGUGAGCAGUUGGAAAUGGCCUCCUGUUGAUGGUGGUGGAAGAUGAGCAUAGGAUGGUUUGCUCGUGAUACACGUGUUCUGGAGGGCUGAGCCUUGUCAUUAGUGGAGACAAUGUGUCAACAUAGAAAAAGAUUAUUUUUUCUCUGUCUCUAUUUACAUGGUGAUAAGAAGUGCUAAUCCCACUCCGUCAGUCUGGACUGAUGAAUCUGAGGAAUAGAACAGAGCCCUGUGUUGUGUAAACGAACUGAUGGAUGAAGAUGAGAAGGACAGGGCAAAGAGGGCAUCACGCAACAAAUCUGAAAAGAAGAGGAGAGACCAGUUCAAUGUCCUCAUUAAAGAGCUUUGCACGAUGCUGCAGGGCCACGGCUACCCUCUCAAGAUGGACAAGUCCACAAUACUGCAGAGGACCAUCGACUUCUUACAGAAACAGAAAGAAAUCACAGCACAGACAGAAGCCUGUGAGAUUAGACAAGACUGGAAACCUUCAUUUCUUAGCAACGAGGAGUUCACCCAGUUGAUGUUAGAGGCACUAGAUGGCUUUCUCAUUGCUCUUACCACUGAUGGGAUUAUUAUUUAUGUAUCUGAUAGUGUUUCGUCUCUGCUUGGACACUUACCGUCAGAUUUGGUGGACCAAAAUAUAUUAAACUUUCUGCCUGAGCGGGAGCAGAGCGAGGUGUACAAGCUUCUUUCUCCACAUGUGCUCAUGACGGAUCCCGUUGCAGCUGAUUUUCUAAACGCGGAAAAACAAAUAGAGUUCUGCUGCCAUUUAGCAAGAGGCAGCUUAGAUCCAAAUGAACCCCUGAUGUAUGAAUAUGUGAAAUUUGUAGUGGAUUUUAAAUAUUUUACUCAUGUGCCUACACCCUCCUGUAAUGGCUUUGAGUCAGCUAUUGCACGAGCUUUCAGGUCAGCCACGGAGGAGCAGAUUUGCCUCGUAGCAACCGUUCGGCUUGUCACACCACAGUUCUUAAAGGAGCUCUGCAACGUUGAAGAGCCAUGUGAAGAAUUUACAUCAAGGCAUAGUUUGGAAUGGAAAUUUUUAUUCUUGGACCACAGGGCUCCACCUAUUAUAGGAUAUUUACCCUUUGAGGUUCUGGGAACGUCAGGGUAUGAUUACUACCACGCAGAUGACCUGGAGCUUCUUGCUAGGUGCCAUGAACACUUGAUGCAGUUUGGCAAAGGGAAGUCCUGUUACUAUCGGUUCCUGACCAAAGGCCAGCAGUGGAUAUGGCUGCAGACCCACUACUACAUCACCUACCACCAGUGGAAUUCCAAACCCGAGUUCAUCGUUUGCACUCACCUGGUAGUUAGUUAUGCAGAAGUUCGAGCUGAAAGAAGGCGAGAUCUCGGCCUUGAAGAGUCAUCAAUUGAACUGGCAUCCUCUUCUCUAAAGAGCCACAGCAGCUUCCUGGAGGUGGGGCAGUGCGGCAGCAGCCAGGACGCCAGCCGGGAGGGGCUCUCGCUGUCCUCCCACAGCUCCCGCCGCUCCUCCCACACCGCCCUCUCCGACUCCGCCUCCACGUCGUCCAUGCGACACACGGACACCAGCACACCCACCCGGCCGUCGGUGCCAGGCGGGCAGGUGGAGAAGGCAGCCCUGCGGCUGGCGUCAGCCGGAAGCGCUCAGGCCAUAGCAACUCCUCAAGUCCCUGGUGAACACCUCCCUCAGCAUCCUGUGGCUCAGCCGGUAGUCCCCUCUCAGCACACUGUGAUGCCAGUGUACCAUUUCCCGACCCAGCUGGGGAUGAUGCAUCAGCUGAAAGAGCAGCUGGAGGAGAGGACUCGCAUACUGCAAGCUGACAUCAAGACGCAGCAAGAAGAGCUCCAUGUCAUCAAGGAGCAGCUCCAGCUAGUGCAGGACUCCAACCUGCAGAUGCUGAUGCAGCAGCCGAUCCCCGUCGUCUUUAACAACGUGCAGCACCCGAGCCCCAGGAGGCCACCGCCGCCGCCGGGGACGCCCAGGCAGACCGCAGCCAAGAAGUCACAACAGCAAGGCCUUAUGGGGACGAAGCACUACUGCGGCACCCACCUGCCGUCACCGCGCCAAUUCCUCAGGGACCCCUGCGGCACGGCCGCCCAGGCUCAGCAGCAGCAGCAGCACCUAAUGAGAGGAAACCAAGCCCAGCAAAUGUGUCUGCCGGGGCAGACGAGCAUUUCAGUGCCCCUCUACAACAACCCCAUGGUGUUUUCGCAAACACAUCCCAUUACGGUGGCUGCACAGCUGCCGACUGACGGCAGUGAAAGGCCACCACAGUCGGACUACAGCCAGGACAGGAGCCUCAGGAUGCUGUUGGAUCAGUCUAUCCAAGCCAUGAUGCCCGCGGCCAACGGCAGUGGCCAGUCCACGCAGAGCAGUGCCAGCAGGCAGCAAGGAAAAUUCGUUGCAGAGCAGCAGAUCUUGCCUCCCCCAAUACAGAUGCAACCGAUUACCUGUAGCACUGUCCGACCUCCAGCCCCGUCGCCUGUUUUCUCCCCAUCUCUGAUGAUCCCACACACCAGCUUCACAUCCCACCAGGCAAACACACCGGUUCAUCUCCACCAGUGGCCACAGCAACAGGUUCAGCAGCACCGUCUCUACCUUCAGAUGCAAGGUCCUGAGCCGGUGCCUGGGGGUCCAACGCAGCGCGUUUUCCAGCCACCCCACACCCCACAGCAGAACCCCCUGAGCUACUUCCUCCACCCGCAGCAGCAGAGCCGCCACGCUCAGGGCCAGCCCUGCAACCUGCCAGACCUGCCUGAGAUGCAGCUGCCCUGAACGCCGGGUCCAGGAGGCAGGGACCACCUUGGCUGCAGCCGCUCGGCGCCCCGGGCGCACGCAGAGGGGAGGACGACGCCGUCAGAGCACGGGAUGGGUGAGGUCGGGCCCCGCGGGGAAGGUGGUGGCUGGAGGGACGGUCCCCACCGGGGGCGGACGGCUCCGGGGGCACCUCGUUGGUUGGGAUUUCCACACAGCCGGUCCGCGACGCUGCUCCGGCAGCUGUACAUGCUCUUGCCCAGCACCGUGGUACAACUGGAAGGCGAUGGCUUUCUGGCUGCAGGGAGGUUAUUUGUCAGGUUGCCACAAAGAUUGCUUUGCAACAGGAAAAACCCCUUUUCCAUUCAGGACUUCAAUGCUGAAAGUCACUGUGAAUUUAAGCCCAGCAUUUGGAGCACAUACACAGACUGUACUGGUCCGCAGGACGCCGUUGGAUUACUAUGUACAUAACGCGUUUCGCUGUAGUAGGUCCGUUGUGGAUUUUUUUUUUUUUCCUUUUUUCUAUACCUCAGUCCCGCAAUUUUUUUGUUUUCCAGGAAAUUGGAUAAUGCUGCUAAUUUACGUAACACCACUUUUGCCUGAAUUUCUUACUGUUGUUAUACCAGCUCACCUCGCAGCUAGUAAGAUAUUUGUUGUGUUUUAUUUUGGCUAACAAGUGCAGAUAAAUUUAUAUGGUUUUUACUCCCUGUAGCCAAAUAUUUUUCAGGUUACAGACAAAGAAUCCUUACUCGUUCUUUUUUUUUUUUUGGUUGUUUUGUUUCAAGUGAUGUAGUCGUAUAUGUUUCUAUACAUAAAAACAAACAAGCCUAGAACAGCAUAUGACGGCAAACUUUGUGGUUUUGCUAGAUCAUGUUUCAAUUUGGCGAACCUGAAACGUACGCUCACAACGACACAAGCGAUGUUACAAGCCCAUAGGGUCAGCAAUAAAUUGUAUUUUUGUAAAUCGUCACUUUUUAACCUAUAUGUUUAUAUUGAUGAAUUGAAAAAGUUUAUUCCUCAGUGGGUGUAUAGUUAAGUGUCCCUACUGUUUGUGUCUUUCCAAAGGAAAAAUGAAAAUGUACAUUUUUGAGGAGGUAGUAGCUGAUUACUGACGUUGGGCGCUGUUAGAGCCCGAAGGUAGGAGAUGGGUUAGGCCAUUACUAUAAGCUUUGCAAGAAAAUGGUUAGUUAGGACCAGGUCCAUCUAGCAGCAAAGCUCCAUCUGGCAGUCAGAGCAAGGCUUAGGGAGGGGUUGGUUUAACCUAUGUCGACUCCAAGCCAAAACGUGCUUUUUUCUUUGCCCCCUUUUUAAAAUUUUUUUGGCAUUUGUUUGGGGUUUUGGGGUUUUUUUGGGGUUUGUUUUUUUUUUUUUCUUCCUUUCUUGGCUCUUGGCACCACUGCAACAGCUGGACACUGGUGCUUACAGAUGCAGCAGCCUUUGGCAGGAGCAACCUCAAGCUGCCCUGUGUUUCAAGAAACGGGGGGAACUGGGAACGUUAGCAUGCAAAGAAAAUAGCUAUAUCUAUAGCUACAGCUAUCUAAUGCUGUAGGUAUAGCUGUAUCUAUAGCUAGCUUGCUUUCCCCCAGAGGCCACACACAUUUUCUGCGCUGCAGCACUGGGAGGAUUUCAUUAGCUUUGGGGCCAGGCAUGAGCGCACGGGCUCUGCAGCAUGGAGGCAGAAAAAAUCUGAGUGUUUCAGCCUGACCGAAACAGGUUGCAGCAGCCCCAGUUUCCCGGAGAGCUCGGGAAGGAAAUGGGAGCGCGUCAACUCUGCCCCAGACAGUUCUGGCUGCACCCUGCCUGCUGCCUGCACAGCCUGACUCACCGCCUGCCCCGGCCGUGCCCCAGCGUCGUUGCACAAGGGGCUGUUUCUCAUCCACCCGGCUUUUCCUGGGGAAAGGAACAGGGUUUUGAUGUGCCGCGUUGCCCGUGGUGCUGGUGGUGGCCCAGGCUGCCGGAGCAGGGUGCACCUGCAGCAGAUGGGACUUUUUGUGGGGGUGGGGCAAGGCACUGGGGUGCUUUGGUGUUUUGGCCAGGGCAGGGGUGGGCAUGCAGACAAAAGCAAGGGCCGACACGGAGCCUUUGCAGUAGGAAAUAAUUUUUUUUUUUUUUAACAGCAUUAUUACUUUUAGGGUCUCCCCCCCCCCCCCCCAGUCCCCCUGGCCUAUGCCAAGACAGUAGGAUUGCUCAUGAAGUUGGGGCAGGAGGGGGUUGUAUUUUGGGGGAGGUUGUUUGGGUGUUUUGGUCCCCGGCCCCCCCCAAACUUUGGCACACGAUGUUAGUGGGCAGGCAAACACACACAUUUAUGUUAGGGUUCUGCUGUUGCACAGAAUUUGUGGCCCGGAGUGGCUGGCAGGAGGGAAAGGCCGUGCAUGUCCCUGUGCUGCAUCGUCCCAGCACACCACCGUGGCUGCUCUGCAGUGUCCCGUCACCGUACAUGAGCCCAGACGUGGCAGGUGUCAAUCAAAUGUAUC